CCAGGUGGAGCCGCGCCAGUCACGCCGGGCGCCGCCGCAGGCGCCUGUCAGCUGGAGUCCGAAUUCCCUGCCUAACCUGGAGCUUAGCUGCCGGGCUCUUCCUUCUUGGACUGUCUGCCAGGGUAUUGAAUGGGAAUGAGACGAUGCUUAGACAGCUGUCUGGAAGGUAUAGGCAAGUCUUGAAAGCUGGUCAGGAAAGCCCUGCAGGAAAUGAGCGGCAGACCCAAGGGAGCUUGGGAGGUGGCCAGGGCCGCCUUUGACUUUGCCGGAGCCAGCUCCCAUUGAGGACGUCUCCACGAGGCUUAUCCACGGGCCUUCCUUCCCCUGGCAUCUGGGCAGGCACAAUGAGCAACUCCCCCUUCCUGGAGCUGUGGCAGCCCAAGACUGUGUCCAUCCGUGAAGGGCUGGGCAUCGGGGACCAGCCCACCGACACCUACUGCUACAACUCGGCCAAAAACAGCACCGUGCUCCAGGGGGUCACCUUCGGUGGCAUCCCCACCGUCCUACUCAUAGACGUCAGCUGCUUCCUGUUUUUAAUAUUGGUGUUUUCCAUCAUAAGAAGAAGAUUCUGGGAUUAUGGCUGCAUUGCCCUGGUGUCAGAAGCAGGCAGUGAGUCCAGAUUCCAGAGAUUGUCAUCUUCCUCCUUAGGGCAACCCGACUUUGAAAAUGAACUGGGAUGCUGCCCCUGGCUGACGGCCAUCUUCCGCCUGCACGACGACCAGAUCCUGGAGUGGUGCGGGGAGGACGCCAUGCACUACCUGUCCUUCCAGAGACACAUCAUCUUCUUGCUGGUGGUGGUCAGCUGCUUGUCCCUGUGUGUCAUCCUGCCUGUCAACCUCUCAGGAGACCUGCUGGAUAAAGACCCUUACAGUUUUGGGAGGACAACAAUAGCAAACCUACAGACUGACAACAACCUCCUCUGGCUGCACACCGUCUUCGCCAUCAUUUACCUGUUCCUCACCGUGGGCUUCAUGCGGCACCACACCAAGUCCAUCAGGUACAAAGAGGAGAACCUGGUAAAGAGGACCCUGUUUAUCACAGGACUCCCCAGAGAUGCCAAGAAGGAGACUGUGGAGAACCACUUCCGGGACGCCUAUCCCACGUGUGAGGUGGUGGAGGUUCAGUUAUGUUACAAUGUGGCCAAGCUGAUUUACCUGUGCACGGAGAGAAACAAGACUGAGAAGAGCCUGACCUAUUACACCAAUCUGCAGACGAAGACAGGCCAGCGGACCUUCAUCAACCCCAAGCCCUGCGGCCACUUCUGCUGCUGUGAAGUGCAGGGGUGUGAGUGGGAGGACGCCAUCUCUUACUACACGCGAAUGAAGGACAGGCUGAUGGAGAGGAUGACAGAGGAGGAAUGCAGGGUCCAGUACCAACCCCUGGGGAUGGCCUUUGUCACCUUCCAGGAGAAGUCCAUGGCCACCUUCAUCCUGAAAGACUUCAAUGCCUGCAAGUGUCAGGGGCUUUGGUGCAAAGGUGAGCCCCAGCCAUCCUCCCACAGCAGAGAGCUCUGCACCUCCAAGUGGAAUGUCGACUUUGCCACUUACCCUGAGGAUAUCUGCUGGAAGAACCUCUCUGUCCAGGGCUUACGCUGGUGGUUCCAGUGGUUGGGCAUCAAUUUUACUCUCUUCGUGGUGCUCUUUUUCCUGACUACACCCUCCAUCAUCCUGUCCACCAUGGACAAAUUCAAUGUCACCAAACCCAUCCAUGCGCUGAAUAACCCAAUCAUCAGCCAGUUCUUCCCCACUCUUCUCCUCUGGUCCUUCUCGGCCCUGCUCCCCACCAUCGUCUAUUACUCUACGUUGCUGGAGUCCCACUGGACCAAGUCAGGGGAAAACCGGAUCAUGAUGACCAAGGUCUACAUAUUCUUGAUCUUCAUGGUGCUCAUUCUGCCCUCCCUUGGCCUCACCAGUUUGGAUUUUUUUUUCCGGUGGCUCUUUGACAAAACUUUCUCGGAGGAGGCCUCUAUUAGGUUGGAGUGUGUCUUCCUGCCUGACCAGGGUGCUUUCUUUGUGAACUACAUCAUCGCCUCGGCCUUCAUAGGCAAUGGCAUGGAGAUGCUUCGGCUGCCAGGCCUCAUCCUCUACACCUUCCGCAUGAUCAUGGCCAAGACAGCAGCUGACCGCAGGAAUGUCAAGCAGAACCAGGCCUUUGAAUAUGAGUUUGGAGCCAUGUACGCAUGGAUGCUGUGUGUCUUCACCGUCAUCAUGGCCUUCAGCAUCACCUGCCCCAUCAUUGCACCAUUUGGCCUCAUCUACAUCCUGCUCAAACACAUGGUGGACCGGCACAACCUCUACUUUGUCUACCUCCCAGCCAAGCUGGAGAAGCGGAUCCACUUUGCAGCUGUGAACCAGGCAUUGGCUGCUCCCAUCCUGUGCCUCUUUUGGCUCUACUUCUUCUCCUUCGUGCGCCUGGGUCUGAAGGCCCCUCUUACCUUGUUCACCUUCCUGGUGGUGCUGUUCACCAUCCUGGUCUGCCUUGGCUAUACGUGCUUUGGGUGCUUCAAACAUCUCAGCCCUCUGAACUAUAAGACAGAAGAAUUGUCAAGUGACAAAGGAAGCGAGGCAGAGGCCCCCCCGCCUGCACCGUUCACACCCUACGUGCCCCGGAUUCUGAACGGCUUGGCCUCAGAGAAAACAGCCCUGUCCCCCCAGCAGCAGCAGACCUACGGUGCCAUCCACAACAUCAGCGGGACCCUCUCAGGGCAGCACCUGGCCCAGAGCCCUGCAGACAGUGUGGCAGCUGCCUACCAGGAGGCCUGAAGGUGGCGAGCUGUGGGCUGCACCAGAGGUGCAGAGUCAUGGGUGAAGAAGCGACUUGACUUUCACCCCGACCGAGUACAGGACUGUCUGCCAGCUUUAAGUGCUCUGGAAAGGUGGAACCGGGAGGAGGGUCGCUGCUGCUGGCUGAGGGGGCGGGAGGGAGUGCCUCCGGGUGGUGUCUGUUCCGGUCAGGGAGAGAGUAGGGGAGGGCAGCUCGAGGCUCUGUACUCUUACUUGCUUGGGCUGAGGUCCUGCUCCUUUCCAGUUCCCUUCUGCACAAGCUUCCCGCCCUGUAGCUGGGUCAGGUGUUGGAAUUGUCAACCUCCAGACUUACGAGCUGUGGUGACUGGCUCAGGUUAACAGGAGAGUGUAAUGCGUGGAAGACCUUGUCCCUCUGGCCACCACCUGCCACACACAACCAGAGCCCGCAGCAGACCACGACAGCCCAGGCUUAUUCCAGCUUCCCCUCUGUGCAAGAUGCCACUCACCCCAACCCCGGCACAGGAGGGAGCUACGGGAGUAGGUAGGCCUGGCGAGUGCACACACCCCAACUGUCCCAUUAUGGUUCUGUGUGGCCAGCCAGUGUCUGGGUCACGGUGACCCUGCAGCAGGCAGGGACAGCGAGGACCACUAGGAAGUGCCCAUUCAGUCCUGCCUCCCCCACCUCUUCAGGGCAGUUUAGGGGGCUCAGUCUCCAGCUGUAGUCCCCUGUCUGCUUCCUCCAGGAGGAGAGGUGGCGGUGCUUGGGGAGAAGUGUGGCGGGGCACAGGAGAGGUGUGUCUGGGCCUGCUGCAGGGCUAUGCGUGGCCACGGAGCUGUGGCCCUGCUGGGAGGACUGGCCACUCUCUCCCCUUUUCUCUCCCUGUGAGAUCCUGGGGCUAGGAUGCAACUUUGGGCUCUCAUCACCGCCUCCAGGGGCCCCAAGGGCACUAGGGGGAGGAGAGGGGAGAUGAGGGAGAGUGAGCAGAGCCACCUUAGUCCCACAGGGCAGCAUAGUCUUGGGCCUGCUCUGCAGCCGGUGCCCCCAGCAGUUACUUAGUAUCAAGGACUUGGUUAUGAGCUACCCACCCUCAACCCUCAUCCCCCACUAGGCACUGGGAUGGGUAGAGGGGCAUCCUGGUACCCCUGAUGGGCUUGUUCUGCCUUUCUCAGUGAGGGUCAACUGGGACCCUCUCCCCAGAUGCAGACCUGCCAGCGCUGCUGAAAGGGGAACCCCGUGUGGGGUUGGUCACGCGCAAGUCACCAGCUCCAGCCGCUCUUACAAGUAAAGUCAUUUAUCAUCAAAGCCAUGUUGUUUAACACCUGUGUGUAUGUGGUGGGGAGCAGGGGUGCAUGGAGAGGGCAAGCAUGAGGUUCCCACAUGGGUCAGGGAUGAAUGCAAACUUGUUUCUUAGAAAAGGGGCAUCUUCACCGAGAGAAGACUGGAAGGCUGCCCCCUGCCAGCCCUCCUCUCACACUGAGGGCACUGGGAAGUGGGGCCUGC